UCGCCCAGAGUCACGUGAUGACGCAGGCCGAGUCACAUGACGCGAGUUCCGGGGACGCAGCAACAAACCGAAGAAUCACAAUAUCCGCGUUUUGUUUCGUGCCCGAGUCCGCAGAGCUCGACCCGUCACACAGGUUUGAGACGCUGCCCGGGUCAACAGAGGCGAUGCAGGUGGAGGUAGACGAGAGGGAGGAUGAAGGACCGUCGUCCAGCAGUGAAGAUCUCCAGUCAGCACAGCAGGAGUCCUUGCAGCUGGAGGUGUCCGCCCCGGCAAAGGAAUUGUAUGUGGAUAAGAAAGCAGUAGAUAAACUCACUGAGGGAUUUCUCUCUCACUACUUACCUGAUCUGCAAACCUCUAAACGAGCACUUCAAGAGCUCACACAAAAUCAGCUGGUUUUGUUAGACACACUGGACCAAGAAGUCACCAAGUUCAGAGAAUGUAAUGCCUUAGUCGACCUCAGUUCACUGUUUACAGAGGCAAAGGUUUACCACAAUAAACUGGUGAACAUAAGGAAAGAGAUGAUCAUGCUCCACGAAAAGACGACAAAACUAAAGAAAAGAGCCUUGAAGCUGCAGCAGCAGAAGCAGAGGGAGGCGCUUGAGAAGGAGCAGCAGCGUGAGAAGGAGUUGGAGAGAGAACGGCAGCUUAUUGCCAAACCUGCCAAGAGAACAUAGGAUCAAGCACUGUUCGUCUGCUAGUAAAGGAUGAAACAGGUGGUUUUGCAUGUUUUGGCCUAUUUAUUACAUAUCGGCUGUACAUCACAUUAGUGCUGAACAUUUUUCAAAGCAUUGGUGUUGCUUAGAUUUCAAGACACAUUCAAGUUGUGAUUAUUGUCGUCACAAUAUUUGCUUCUAGGAACCACAACCAUCUUUUUAAAAAAUAUUUUUUGGGGGAUGUUGCCUGUAGGAAAUUACAAGCACAAGGAGAGAAGGGGAGAGAGAAUGGGGGGUAGACAAAGCAAAGGGCCGAAUCCCACGGCCGCUGCAGAAGGACUCGAGCAUCUGUUUAUGGGGCGUCCGCUAGCUCACCUGUAGUGCAGGUGCCCAGCAUUUUUAGACUUUCAAUGUAUUUCAAUGCAUCAAACUCCAUCUGGAAUGUGCUUGUUGCAUUUAACCAUCAUACAGGAUAUUACCUCAUCUGUUUUUUACCCUCCCACUUAAAUCCUCGUUGCAUUAUAAUGCAGUUUUCAGUGUUUGCAGGAGUUAUUGCACACUAUCACAGUUUAGAGAAUAAAAGAAUAAAUAAGGUUUUAUUGCUUUAUAUCUCGAGCAGGUUUCAUGUCUUAAGUACAGGUCAGUCAUGGUUGUGAUGUUACCCUCAGGAAACACAAGAAACGAUCUCAAUAUGUAUGUUUCCCGCAGUAUUACAGAAAAGGUCACGUAAAUGUCUGCUGUGUCAGUAGCCAAACUUGGAGCAACAAUUUUUUACUUGAAGGUUAGAAAACAUUUUUUACUGAAAGAAAUGGAAACAGUAGUAUGCUUUGGAAAAUGCUUCACUCAAUCAACGGUGUAUGUGAUUCUUUGUAAAAAGGCUAAAACUUGCAAAUACUGAUCCUUUAUUUCCGAGAUUACCAAGAUCACCACAAACCAAAGACACGGACUGAAUCCUGAAAUGCUGGUACUUCCCACCGUCAACUUCUGAUGACUUAAUUUCAAGCACUUCGCUGAGCGUAGAACAAAUUGCUCAAAGACACUUUUGCAGCCAUUUUCCUUUAAGUGUUAAUACAUGUUGUUUCUGGGCUUCUUUGUGCCCAGUUAAUGUUGAAUGUUGUUUAAAAUCAAAUGGAACUGCACUAAAUUUGACGGACUGUAUUCCGGGGGUUCAGAUAAUAAUGUGGUUGUCGAUGAUGUUAUGCGCCAAACUUUGCCCCGACCAUACACAGCAUCUGUAAAUUUGUGAAACAGACCUUUCAAGAUGCGUCUAUGCACUACUUAUGCCUGGAACACUGUUUGUACCAUUAAUAAUAAAAGCAAUACAAACAG